AUGACGACUGUUAGUUUCGAGUAUGGUGAAAAUAAGGAUACCUGUAUUUGGAAUGGUUUGUUUAAUAAUGAGGAGAGAGUCACUUUGCAACGAGGCUUCCUGUUCACAGGGCUAUUGUCCGUUCUCUUUAGUUCUUGGUUGAGUGUGACUCUGUUAUUCACGAAUCUUCGAUUUGAUAACAGUUAUCGUAACUUGGCUAAUUAUACGGUAACAGCAAGUAUAAGACGCAUCAUACCAGUGAUUUCCUACCUACCUCUUGUCAAGUGCAUUGAAACUUUGUUCGGAUUUCUAACGUUUUCUUGCAAUUUUUUUGCUUUCUUUGAGACGUUUUUGGCUGUGUUCGAGGUCGAAUGUCUGACACACGUUUGCAUUGAAAGAUAUGUUGUGGCGAAAUACAUCACCAACGGUUGGCAGAUCCAGAAGAAACACUACUAUUUGUACGUUUGUCUGUGCGUGUUUUUCUCGUGCUUGUAUUCUGUUCCACCGUUGUUCGGAAUUGGGCGAUAUGGGUAUGAUUUCCAAUGCACAUCUUGCACCUUCGAUAUGGUGCUCCCAGACACUUGGCAAAGAUACAUUAUCGUCGCGAUCUUUAUUCUCCGGAGCGCUAAACCUGUUUUGGUUAUGAUGAUGAUGCUUAUAUGGGCUCGCGUAUUAGAAAGAAAACUGACUUCACUUACAAGUAACCAGCAUUUUACUAGAACCGUAACAGUAAUAACGCUGGUGAACAUAUUGUGCUGGACUCCAAUAGCGUUGAUCAGAGGUAAUGUGGUGUUGUCCUCCUUCAUGGCUGUGGACCUACUGCCGAUGCCGGCCAGAGCUUAUGUUACCUGGGCUAUGUGGGUGCAUUGGGUUGCGCCUGCACUUACCGCCAUAGCAGUGUUUCUGGUCGACGAUCGUGUGCGCUGUAAAAUGUUCAACUUAUGUUUGGACGAUACUGUCGUAACUGAUGACAAGAAGGAUUAAUACGGAGUUACAAACCGAAAUAUACGUAGUUUUAUAUACCUACUUAAGAAAAUAUUAUCAGUUUUCCGAUCGAACCGCAUUGAGAUAUUCAAAUUUAUGCAAUAACCACUUGAAAUGUGUUAUAAUUACAACAAAUGUCAAAUGUGUAUGUGAAUCCCAGAAAUCUUUUUGAAAUAAAAUUACCUGAAAACUUUGU